GAAAACGGAAACCCACGACCAUCCGAAGUUUGCAGCAGACCUUCCUACGUAAGACUGGAGAGCAAGUCAACAUGAGAAAAACUUGAGCGCAUAAAGACAGCAUUGAGAUCAACGACAAUGGUGAAUGAAUAUCCACCACGCCAGAAAGGCCGCUGGAAGGAGUGUGGUGUCGUUUGUGGACUUUUGGUCGUUGGUUUAGCGGUAGCUUUAGCUGUUGUUGUGGUCCUUAAAAACAAGGAACUUGAGGAGAAAUUGUGUGCUUCUGGUGAUGAAAAUAUAGACAUCAGCGAGCAGGACAAUCCGAGCGUGUUUUCAGACCUAACAACGGUAGAACUGCGCUCUGUCGUUGCCUAUCUCUACCAACAAACCGACUUGAACGUGGUGAAGCUGUCAGAUGCGACACUAAGUAGUAGUUACAUUUACUUAAUUGAGUUGAAUGUCCCGAACAAAACAGCCGUGUUGAAUCAUCUGGAUAACCAAGCUGAUGCUCCGGAACGCCGUGCCAAGGUAGUGAUAUUUCGGGGAGAUUUGGAUGUGCCCAGGGUCGAGGAAUACGAAGUGGGUCCUCUGCCCAAUCCAACCUUUCAUACGAUCAUCUACAGGAAUGGCAAAGAUUCAGUACCUUUCACAUACAGACCAUUUACGUUGAAGGAAUACGAAGGACUUGGUCGGUAUAUAUUUUUCGCAGAAAUUGAGCAAAAAGGUAGAAGAAUUUUAUUGGAGAGUUUUGACGCCAGUUUCAUCGAUUGCGGCACAAAAUGCUUGACUUUUUACAUAACUCCUGUCUCCACCUCGAACUACGGCAAAUUGACACGCAACAUGUGGUUUUGGAUUAAUCAUGAUGUAAAGUACUACGCUUUGCAUCCGUUGGACUUUAAGGUUUUGGUCAAUCUAGACGGUACGGACCCGUCAAAAUUCAAAAUAACAAAAGUAUGGUACAAUCAGCAGUUGUUCAACAGCAUGGACGACCUUGUCAGUGCUUAUGAGAACAAUAAAGUGGAAAAAAUUGUUAUGAAAUUUCCCCAAGUAGAUGAAAGUACAUUUUCGACUUUAAAUCAGCGCGGAGAACCCUUUCCCAGUAAACCUUUGCGGAGUCCAGUUCAGGUUGAGCCUGACGGAAAGCGUUACACAAUCAAAGGGCAGCACGUGGAGUAUAUGGGCUGGGCGUUUGACUACCGGAUGGCUCUAAGUACAGGCCCGAUGUUGUUUAAUGUCAGAUAUCGUGGAGAAAGAAUUGCAUACGAAAUUAGUCUGCAGGAAAUAGUCGUGUUCUACUCGGCGAAUAAUCCGUCACACAGAUUUGCCGACUUUGUGGACAGCAUUUCUUUGAUCGGCUCCUUGUCAAAAGCUCUUAUCCCAGGCUCGGAUUGUCCGGAUCACUCGACAUUUCUGCCUUCCCGCCACGUAUUGGAGGCAUCGUCUGAACCAGUCGUUUAUGAGAACUCCUUGUGUAUAUUUGAACAAGCCACAGGAGUCCCACUGAGGAGGCAUCACUCCUACGGCAAACACGCUGGAUGGUUCUAUGGAGGCAUGAUGGACGAUGUGCUCAUUCUUAGAACUAUUCUAACUGCUGCAAACUACGACUAUAUCUUUGACUUUAUUUUUCACCAGAAUGGAGCUAUUGAAGUUAAAGCCAUCUCCACAGGUUACAUCUUACCCAGUGUAUUUUCUCCUUCGGAAAAAAAGUAUGGCUUCCAAAUUCACGACAACAUUCUUGGCAAUGUCCAUCAUCACAUGUUUAACUUUAAGGUAGACGUUGAUAUAUUGGGGACGUCAAACCGAUUCGAAACUCUUGAUUUGAAAGUGGAAGCGGCUCCAAACCAGAUGUAUUCAGAACUAAGUUCUGCACAGACCUACAACCAGAUAUAUUUUCAAAGCAAUCCAAGACGUACAGAAAAGGCGGCCAGUUAUAAGUUUAAUUUUGAUCAACCAAAAUAUUUGCUGUUUAACAAUGAUCAAUUUACAACCAAACACGGCGUCCCACGGUCGUACAGGGUGGUGAUUAAUGGUAUGUCGAAGCAAACCUUGCCUGAAAACAGCGGACACGAAAACUCCAUUACCUGGUCCAGAUACCAGAUGGCGGUUACCAAGUACAAAGACACAGAGAAGCAAAGCAGUUCUCUCUACGCCAUGUGGGAUGCUUUUCAGCCUGUGAAUAGAUUUCAAAGUUUUAUUGAUAACGACGAGAGCAUUGUCGACCAGGAUCUUGUGGCUUGGAUCACAAUGGGCGUUCAUCACAUCCCUCAUACCGAGGAUCUGCCAGUUACACCGACACCGGGAGGACAACUACAGUUCUUCCUGCUCCCAUACAACUACUUCACGGAGGACCCGUCAUCAGGCUCUAAGAACGCCAUCUACAUGGAGCUGAAACAUGCCUCUGACAACUCAGCGCCUACAGUGGACAUUAACCGUUAUGGAUAUGGUGGAGAGCCUCAGUGUGUUCCGCAAAAAUCCACAUUUGAUCAACAAGUGGCAGAAGAUCCCGAUUUGGUGUUUUCGACAUCCGGAUAACAGCCUUAUGAGUUUACCUCACUUUUGUUUCCUGACAUUUAGCGAUAUAUUAUAUCGAUAUCGACAGAUGAAUUAGCGAUAUCGUGUUUUAUCAUGUCUUAAUAAAUAGUGUUUUCUGUUGCUUUCAAUGGAAACGACUGCUCCUUCUGCGUUGCUGCCAAUGAGGAGCUGAGAGAAUAUGUAUGUAUCUUCGUGAAAUCAAAUGAAAAUAUUUUUGGUCAACGAGUAUAUUCAGUGCUUUCAUAGUAUCAAGAGAAACAGAUUUGUAUUUUUUAAUAAAAAAACAUAAAUUGUAA